AUGAGCGCGGAGGCGGCGCCGGCGCCGGAGACGGUGCCGGUGACGGUGAACGGACAAGAGGUGCACGUGCCCAAGGGCGUGACCGUGCUGUACGCGUGUGAGCAAGCUGGGGUGGACGUGCCGAGAUUUUGUUAUCAUCACAAGCUGUCGAUCGCCGGGAAUUGCCGGAUGUGCUUGGUCGAGGUGGAGAAGAGCCCGAAACCGGUGGCGUCGUGCGCGAUGCCGGUGAUGCCGGGGAUGAACAUCAAGACGACGACGGAUCUGGUGAAGAAGGCGCGCGAAGGCGUGAUGGAGUUCUUGCUGAUCAAUCACCCGCUUGAUUGUCCGAUUUGCGAUCAAGGUGGGGAGUGCGAGUUGCAAGACCAGAGUUACAUCUUUGGGAGCGACCGCUCGAGAUUCACCGAGUACAAGCGCGCGGUGGAGGACAAGGAACUCGGGCCGUUGGUGAAGACGGUGAUGACGCGUUGCAUUCACUGCACGCGCUGCGUUCGGUUCUCUACCGAGAUCGCGGGCGUUCAAGACAUGGGCAUCACCGGUCGCGGCAACCAAGCCGAGGUCGGGACGUACAUUUCCAAGCUCUUGGCGAGCGAGCUGAGCGGCAACGUCAUCGAUCUUUGCCCAGUCGGAGCGCUGACGUCGAAGCCGUUCGCGUUUUCGGCGCGUUCUUGGGAGCUCGAAUCUACCAAUAGCAUCGACGUGACGGAUGGAUUAGGAAGUAACAUUCGCGUCGACACGCGCGGGAACGAGGUGAUGCGCAUCGUCCCACGCGCAAACGAAGAGGUCAACGAGGAGUGGAUUAGUGACAAGGCGAGGUUCUCGUAUGACGCGCUGAAGCGUCAGAGAUUGGACAGGCCGAUGGUGCGAGGUGGUGAUGGAAAACUCCAAGAAACGUCUUGGGAAUUCGCGCUCGAGUACGUCGCGGAAAAGUUGAAGGCUGCCGAACCGAACGCCAUGCGCGCGGUGGCGGGUAAGCUUUGCGACGCCGAGUCCAUGAUCUCUUUGAAGGACAUGAUGAACAAGCUGGGCGCUUCUCAUCUCACCCCCGAAGGUUUGCCCGGCGCCUCUGCGGAUGUGCGCUCGUCGUACCUCUUCAAUUCCAACCUAGUCGGCGUCGAAGACGCGGAUUACGUGUUGUUGAUCGGAACCAACCCGCGAACGGAGGCUCCAGUGCUCAACGUGCGUUUACGUCGCGCGGUGAUCGCCGGCGGCGCCACCGUCGCGAGCGUCGGACCGAAAGCCGACCUUUCCUACCCGAGCCAACACUUGGGUGACACGACAGCGACGCUCGAGGAAGUCACCUCGGGUAAGCACGCGGCGUGCGAAGCGAUCAAGGCGGCGCAGAAUCCGAUGGUCAUCGUCGGUAGCGAACUUUUGAGACGUCCGGAUGCCAAGGUGAUGCUGAAGAAGAUUCACGCCAUGUGCGAUGAGCUCGGCGUCGUCAACGGUGACUGGAACGGUUUCAACGUCCUUCACGAUGCCGGUGGCACCGUCGGCGCGCUCGAUAUCGGCUUCGUUCCGGGAACGUCCGCCUCGGAUGCCGUCCCGGCGCAGCUCGUCUACUCGUUGGGCGCCGAGGAGUUCGACGCCCCGGAGGACGCUUUCGUCGUGUACCAAGGCCACCACGGCGACAAGGGCGCGGCGCGCGCCGACGUCAUUUUGCCCGGCGCGGCGUACACAGAAAAGACUGGCACCUACGUCAACACCGAAGGUCGCGCUCAAGUGGCCAUCGCAUCCAUGGGGCCCGUCGGCAAGGCGAAGGAGGAUUGGCGAAUCUUGCGAGCGUUGAGCGAAUUCGCGGGUGUGCCGUUACCGUACAACACCCACCAAGCCGUGCACGAGCGUUUGGCUCAAGUCGCCCCGCACUUCGCCAAGGUGGAUGAAGUUGAGGCGACUUUAUGGAUGAACGGCGCGACGUACGCGAACGCAAAAGGCAAAAAGUUGGAGGCGUCGAUUCCGCUCAAGAGCUCGGUGGAGAACUUUUUCAUGACGGAUAUCAUUUCGCGCACUUCCGCCACCAUGGCGAAGUGCACCGAAGCCCGAGAAUCCGGCGCGGUAUAA